AGCCCUUUUCAAAGCCGCUAUUGCUGUGUCUCAGAUGAAGAAACUGAGGCACAGCCAGCAGGGAAGGUCACUAGACGUCUUGGUCACCGAGAUGUCCAGUGACCUUAGAGACCUUGGGGGUUAUCAGAGGAUCAUCCCUGGGCUGCUUCUGUUGGGAUCUGGAGGUUCGGGGAAGGCACGGGGCAUCUGAGCAUCCCCCGGACCCGGGUUUGUCUCCCCGCACCAGCCUUUAAGGGGGGUGCCUCAGCUCUCCGGCUGUUCGGGGGUUAAAGUUAUUCUUAAAAUAAGCCUAGAAAUCCCCUCUGAAAAUAUCCGGAAGGCCGGGAGGGUCAGGGACCUACUGGCAAGGGGCCGGUUCUGAGUCCCGGGGGGCGGGUUUUCGGUACUUAAAGCUCGUGGGCAGACACGGCCGCACCGGCGUCCGUUCGGCUGGUUGGAAGGAGCGCAAGCCGACGGCUGCCUGUUGCUCCUGGCAUCGCAGAGAGAGGAAAAGCAGCCAUGAAGCCAACUCCUUUCCUCCCCUUCUUCCUCCUCCACCUGGGCUGGAGCUGCGGGGGCCCGCUGCCCAGCACCCGCCCCGCGCUGACCGUGCUGCCCCGCGAGCCGCUGGUCGAGCUCGGAGGGUCCAUCCAGCUCAACUGCUCUCUGGACUGUCCGAACGGCAAGGUGGAGUGGAAAGGGCUGGACACCAACCUGGGGAACAUCCUGUCCUUCCCCAGCCACAGCAUCCUGCAAGUCACCAAUGCCCACGUCACCACGCGGGGCACCAAGAUCUGCCUGGGGUUCUGCCAAACGAUCAUCCAGACGUCCGUCUACCUGGAAGUGUACUCUUUUCCAGACACGCUGCAGCUGGACUCCGAGCCCAAGGAGCUGGUGGCCGGGCAGCCGGCCCGGCUCUUCUGCUCCAUGAGCAAGGUCUACCCGCCUGGCAGGCUGAUCCUGAGCUGGUACCGGGGGGACCAGAAGCUGGGGACCGCGGAGCCGGAGGAGGACGAGGAUGAGGACGAGCUGUUGUACUACCGCGCGCAGCUGGACGUCCCCGCAGCCGACGUGACGGAGGGCGCGGAGUUUCGGUGCCAAGCGGAGCUGUUUCUGUCCCAGCCCCAGAGGCAUUUCCAGCAGGAUCGAGCAGUGGCCGUGCCCGUAGCAGCUGUAACGAAGCCAUCCCUGGAGCUGGCCACCACCACAGAGAUCCCCGAAACCGAGCCACCGUCUGCUGCAGAGACCUCCAGCACAGCCAGGGACCCUGCCAGCACUGCAGGGCCGGAGAUCCCCAGCUCCCCCAGUGGGACCCCGAAGCUGGAGUCCCCGGCCCCCACGGAGAACGCGGCCACUGCCUUGGUGGCUACAGCCGAGACCCUGCCCCCUGGGCAGACUGCUCCGACCGAGAUCCCCACCGCGGUGCUCACCGUGACGUCGCAGCCCCCAGGGACCGCGGCUGCCUCGCUGGACCCUGCAGACACCACUAGGGACUCGAACACCGGCACUAGCCCAGCCCUGGUGAGCGGGAGCCCCAGUGCGGAGCCGAAGGAUGCCACAGGGAGCUCUCCAACUCCAGAACCCGUUAGCACCCGGUGCCCCAAAAGCACCACCCACGAUCCCCCGGACAGCCCCAAAACCAAGGCCACCUGCAACCUCUUCAUCAGACCAGUGCCUCCCAAGGGCAUCACCGGGAAAGCCCUGAAUGUGGUGUGCUACACCGAGUGCCGCGAGGAGGUCACCAUCCAGUGGGUGAAGACCCCGCUGGCGCUGUCCCGGUACCAGGAGGAGCUGUCCGAGGGCAAAUCCACGCUGAGGAUCAACCGGGUAGCCCCAGAGCACCAGGGAGACUAUCAGUGCGUCCUGCUCAGCGCCAGGCCCCAGAUAGCACAUCUGCACAUCACCGUGUCUCCUGACACGUUCAGCGCCAACACAGCCAUCGCGGUGGGGACGGCCGGCUCCCUCCUGGGACUGAUCAUCACGGGCUUCGCGUCUCAUCGCCUCUGGAAACGGCUCAAAUCCCGGUACAACGUGUCCUAAGGGGCGCACACAGGCCUGUCGCAGUCGCCCUUGGAUGACCCCCCGUUCUUGCUGGGAUUGAAGGGGCCCAGGGCAGAGCCUGGGCUGGUGCCAAGGUCAGCCAGCGAGCGCUGAGCAGAGGGGAGCGGACAGGCCUGGAGCAGCCCGUUUCUGUCCCUGCCUCCAUCCUGCUCCCGGACGUUGUGAUUUCUGGCUCCAGUGCGCUGCAGCGGUUGGGGCUCUCGUCCAGCCGGGUGCUGGGGCCUGGCUCGGUGGUAGCCGCGAUUAGUGAGUGGCUUUGAACUUCGUGGGGCAGUCGGACAGGCCGCGGGGACCAGCCGGCUCUCAGAAGUGCCGUGGAUCUCCCCUUCGCUGAGCGCUAACUCCCUCCUUGCCCGAGCUCCAGGCGGAGAGGAUGAGUCGAAUCUCCCUGGACUUGCCUCCGUCCCUUCCUUGGGGGUUACAGCACCCGAUGCUCCCAGGGCCUUUGGUCUCAAGCACGUUGGUUUUAGGGCUAUGGAGAGGUGACCACGGAGGCUGAUGCCUGGUGCUGGAUCAUCACGGAGGUGCCCUGUGCAAGGGCAGGGGUGUCCUUGAUCUCCCUGUACCCCGUGAAGGCUGGAGAGGGGGCUAUGGGGUGCCCGUCCCGCUUCCCUCGACACGGCCCACAUCCACCGCGAACCAGGUGGAGACCGACACGCGUUCCCUUUCAGGGUGCCCAAGACCUUCCCCUGCCCCCCUCCGCAGCUGGAGCAGGGAUCCAGCUGUGUCCGUGGCGCGUCGGCAGCGCCGUGGCGCCUGCUGCGUGGAGCACGGCUGUCCUAAUAAAGUGGCCUUUUCAAGGGUUUCUUCGGCUCCUUGGCGCUUCUGUCUCUAGGUGGGGGUUGGUGCGUGGGGCAGGGUGGUGGGGGGCCAGGCCCGUUGUUCCCCUGCCUUUAAAACCCAAAGCCAGAGUCCAGCCUUCAGCAGCUCUGGGAGCCCCCGAGUUUGCAGGAGGCUCAGACGGAGCGGGCGGGUGGGGGAUGGCAGCCGGGCUGCACCGACCUCACCGGGGUUCACAGCAGAGCCCGGUCCGAGCCGAGGAACCGGGAAUCCUGGAAGGAGCCGACCGACCUCCUUGCCCCGAGUCCAGCGGAGCACCCGGCUCUCGCUUCCCCAUCCCGCUGUCUGCGCCCCCCCCGCACCGUGUCACGCAGUGGAGAAAUCCCCCCCAGCUUCCCUGGGGAACUUCCU